AUGGCUGAGCAACAAAAUAUUAAAGCUAAACCGCUUGUAAAGGACAGCAUCAUUCUUCUUCUUGACAUGAUAAUGAAAUAUCCAGUUAUAACUACCAAAGCGACGAACGCAACCAAUAACAAACUAAAAGAGGAAGCAUGGAAGUCUAUUGCACAGGAGUUCAGUGCUGUUACGGGAGAUUUGCGGCGUCCUGAGCAAAUUCGACUCAAGUGGGAGAAUUUAAAGAAGUCUGCUAGGAAGCGUAGUGCUUUCAUUAGACAAAACAACCUUAAGACUGGAGGAGGGAAGUCUUUCAUACCUCCUGAUGAUGUUUUGGACAGAGUAGCAUCAAUUUUAGGUUCUACUUGCAAUGGCUUACCUGCGGAGUUUGGUGGUGAUGCGGAUGAAGCUAUUGCUAGCAAAGCCGCUGAAGCAAUUGUAGAAGUUUUUGACUUCCAGCCAUUGCCAGAAAUAGUUCAGGACAGUAGCGUUGUUGUGUUGGGUGGUGACUGUGGUGGUAAUGGUGGUGGUGGUGAUUGUGGUGGUAAUGGUGGUACUUACACACCAAAGAACUAUAUUUUUAACACUCCAAAAAGUGCCAUGAAUAAACGGAGAAAGCUCUCUGAAGAAGUACAGAGAGCUCAGCGAGACAAAGAUCUGGGGUUGGCAACUUAUUUUCAAGCCAAGGCACAAAAAGUAAUAUUAGAAAAUAAAAAAAUAGAAUUAGAGAAUAUUAAACUAGAAUUAGAAAUAAAAUUAAUGAAACAGAAAAUUAACUGUAAUGAUUAG